AUGAGGACUCCAAGAUAUCUUCCCCAUGUCCUGCUGUGGAACCAGGCAUCGCCCCCCAUCAAGCCCCACAAGCGCCCACCACAAGCCUGGCUCUGCAGGCAGAGGGAACAGGAUCACAGAAUCCUGCAGCAGGAAGGGAUUAUCAAGGCCACCCCAGCAGAUGGCCAUCCAGCCACAGGGGAAGGAGAGCCCACUGGACUCCUGGAGUGGCGGCGGCGGCGGGGCUCCGUUCCGAGUGAAGGACAAAAGGAUGCGCGAGGCGCCGGGGCCGGUGCAGACUGCGCCAGCCCCGGGAACCACGAGCAGGAGGAGGAGGAGGAGGAGGAGGACCCCCGCCGGCAGAGACACAGGCAGCAGCAGCAGCAGCAGGAGGAGGAGGGCGGCGGAGGGGCUUCUCCCCCUCGGGAAGGGGGUCCCAGGCCGCCGCCGCCGCCGCAGCCGCCCCCGGGCCGCCCCCGCACGAGGCCCCCCCCUGGCCGGCGCGCCCCCCGCCCGCGCCCGCGCCCCCGCCCGCCCCCGGCCCGGGCCCUGGCCCCGCGCGCCGUGGCGCUGUGCCUGGGGCUGGCGCUGGCGUGGGCGCCCGGCGGGGCCUGGGCGGGGGGCGCGGGCCCCCCCUCGGCGCAGAGCUGCCCCCCGGCGUGCUCGUGCAGCCCGCAGCUGAGCAAGGUGGUGUGCACGCGGCGGGGGCUGGGCGAGGUGCCGGCGGGCAUCCCCCCCGGGACGCGCUUCCUGAACCUGAUGGAGAACCAGAUCCGGCGCGUGCAGGCCGACACCUUCCGGCACCUGCGGCACCUGGAGGUCCUGCAGCUGGGCCGCAACGCCAUCCGGCAGAUCGAGGUGGGCGCCUUCAACGGGCUGGCCAGCCUCAACACGCUGGAGCUCUUCGACAACUGGCUGACGGUGGUGCCGAGCGGCGCCUUCGAGUACCUGUCCAAGCUGCGCGAGCUCUGGCUGCGCAACAACCCCAUCGAGAGCAUCUCCUCGUACGCCUUCAACCGCGUGCCCUCGCUCAUGCGCCUGGACCUGGGCGAGCUCAAGCGCCUCAAGUACGUCUCCGAGGGCGCCUUCGAGGGCCUGCACAACCUCAAGUACCUGAACCUGGGCAUGUGCGGCCUGCGCGAGGUGCCCAACCUGGCCCCGCUGGUGGGGCUGGAGGAGCUGGAGCUGUCGGGCAACCACUUCCCGGCCCUGCGCCCGGGCGCCUUCCGCGGCCUGCGCUCCCUGCGCAAGCUCUGGCUGAUGAGCUGCCAGGUGGGCCUGGUGGAGCGCGACGCCUUCGAGGGCCUGGCCGCCCUGGUGGAGCUCAACCUGGCCCACAACAACCUCAGCGCCCUGCCCCACGACCUCUUCGCCCCGCUGCGCUACCUGGUGGAGCUGCACCUGCACCACAACCCCUGGAGCUGCGACUGCGACGUGCUCUGGCUGGCCUGGUGGCUGCGCGAGUCCAUCCCCACCAACUCCACCUGCUGCGGCCGCUGCCACUCCCCCGCCCACCUGCGCGGCCGCUUCCUGCUGGAGGUGGACCAGGCCGCCUUCCGCUGCGCCGCCCCCGUCAUCAUGGACGCCCCGCGCGACCUCAACGUCUCCGAGGGCCGGCCGGCCGAGCUGCGCUGCCGCACCCCCGCCAUGUCCGCCGUGCGCUGGCUCCUGCCCGACGGCUCCGUCCUCAGCCACGCCUCGGCCCACCCGCGCCUGCAGGUGCUCAACGACGGCACCCUCAACUUCUCGCGGGUGCUGCUCACCGACACGGGCCUCUACACCUGCAUGGUGGCCAACGUGGCCGGCCGCUCCAACGCCUCGGCCUACCUCAACGCCAGCGCCGCCGAGCUCCUCAACACCUCCAACUACAGCUUCUUCACCACCGUCACCGUGGAGACCACCGAGAGCGCCCCCGAGACCCUCUUCCCCAAGUUCUCCAAGCCCGUGCCCACCGCCUCCGCCUCCUCCGCCGGCUACCAGCCCGCCUACACCACCACCACCACCGUCCUGGUCCAGGCCACCCGCCCGGGGCCCCGGCAGCAGGAGCCGGGGGGACCGGGGGCGGGCCCCGGGGGCGAGGGCGGCAACAGCAACGGCAACGACAAGAUGCAGACCAGCCUGGACGAGGUGAUGAAAACCACCAAGAUCAUCAUUGGCUGCUUUGUGGCCGUGACGCUGCUGGCGGCGGCCAUGUUGAUCGUCUUCUACAAGCUGCGCAAGCGGCACCAGCAGCGCAGCACCGUGGCCGCCGCCCGGACCGUGGAGAUCAUCCAGGUGGACGAGGACAUGGCCGCCCCGGCCUCGGCGGCCUCCGCGGGGUCGGCGGGGAUGUCGUCCGCCUCGGGCCCCUCCAAGCCGGCGCCGUCGUCGUCGUCGGGCGGAUCAGGUGAGGGGGCAGUUGUACUGCCGGCCGCUAUCCAUGACCACCUUAACUACAACACUUACAAACCCCCCCACGGGGCCCACUGGACAGAAAACUGCCUGGGGAACUCCCUGCACCCCACAGUCACGACUAUUGCCGAGCCGUACAUAAUCCAGACCCACCCCAAGGAGAAAGUGCAGGAGACACAGAUCUGAGCGAGGAGGAGGAGGAGGAGGCCCUUACUUAGCCCAGCAAACUCUAGGCACCUUGCCGCAGGAUGCACAAGACCGCAAGCGGCGGCGGCGGCGGCGGCCUCAACUUUUGUACAGAGAGGCUGGUUGGGGGGCCUCUGGGGGGAGGCGGGGGGGACGGGGCAAUGACUACGACGACACAGGCCUUGGGGGUUUUCUCCUUGUAUAUGCUUAUAUAUUAAGUCCUUGGGCCGAGGUCAGAGGAGCAGAUGAUGAGAUGACGAAAGAGAGACAGACAGGCAGAAAGAGAGGAGGAAUAUGCAGAACACCCUGUUUCCUAACGUGUAAGUUCUAUUUAAAAGGAGGCAGCAAAUAACCUCCGGCCCCAAAAGCAGAACGCCUCUCACCCCCCCCCCCCCCUCAGCACCACAAAUAGAGAGAGAGGCAGAAAUGGCCACAGUGGCUUUGGAAGAAGAGGGAGAGAGAUGGACAGAGAGCGAGCGAGCGGCUCAGAGGGGCAGAGAAACCCCCAAACAGAGGGGAGUAUGGAGGGGGGGGGGGGUCCGUCGUUUUUUAGAAGACGUUACUUAGAAUGCAGCAAAAACAAACCCGUUUCUAUAGAGACACUCUUUUCGUAAAGCCCCGUGAAAAGGCAAAGUCUCCAUAUUUGCAGCUAUUUACAGAAAAGGGGGAAGGAAGGAAGGGAAGAAGGCAGGAAGGAAGGAAAAGAAGAAGGGAGGAAGGAAGGAAGGAAGGAAGGCAGGAAGGAAGGAAGGGAGCGCACCAAGGGUUUGUACUGUGCCAAAAGGUGACCAAUGCAAUAAAAGAGGUCUUUUUUUCUCC